GAGUGAUCGGGUGGCCGCGGUAAGAGGGAGAGCGUUGUCUCUGCCUGAGCGUCCACAGAUUGUACCUGUGAAGAGUUGGAGGAAACUAUAACAAAUGACAUAGAACUCUUGGGUCAGAAUCUUGAAUCUGAGUUAGCACUUGAACUCACAGGAUUUAAAGACGAGGCUAGAAAUAGCCAGGAUCAUAAUUUUCAGCUAAGUUUUCAGAUUAACCAGCUAGAGAAGGCAAAUCAUACUUUAGAGAAGCAAAUCCAUGGCUUAUUGCAGAGUAAAGAUGAUGUAUCCCGCCAAGUGAAGAAAUUAACAAAUAAGAACCAGGAACUCUCCAAGGAACUUAAUGAAAUAGAUCGAUUAGCUGAGAAGCUUGAAAAAGAUAAGGAAUUAGCACUUACUGUUGCAUGUAAUGAAAUAAAAAUAGCCGAGUUACCUGCCCAAAAAUCCUUUGGGUUUGCAAAGCAAUUCUGAUCCUUGCUGGCGAUCCAAUUUGUUGAAAUUGAAAGUGUUCAGUUGCUCAUCCUUGAUUGUGGAGGAAUGGAUUGAUGGACUACAUUAGGUUACAUGAUUGAAAUUGAAAAGCAAGAGAGGGACAUUGUUGUGUUGGAGCAAGCCAUCGUAAAACUCAGAUCAGAUACGGCAAAAUCCAAGCAGCAACUUGAGGAAAUUAGAGCAGAAUUACAGGCGAAGACUGAAGGGAGCAAUGGGGCGUUAACUCAGUUUGAGAAUUGUCAACAAAAUAAAGCUGAGAAAGCUUUUGAUAAAGAUUUUGAUUUUUUUCGAGAAUCUGAAGAUACAGAAGCUCAGCUGCGCACAUAUGAGCAAAAUAAAUCUCCUUUUCUGUUAGAUGCAUUUGUGAAGAAUAUAGCACAGGAAAGAGAUUUUUAUAAAUCUGAGGCAGAAUACUUGUUGAAAAUGUUAAGAAGCAAACCUUCAGGCCAAGGCAAUUCAUCCAGAGGACGUAGUCCACUGCGUUCGUCUCCUGUGAAGGGAGGGAGUUAUGAGUCUGAGCUCAUAUGCGUAAUUAAAGAGCGUGAUGAUCUUCAAGCCAUGGUAAACAAAUAUGAAAGGCACUUGGCAGAAGUCCAGGCAAAUGUCAAAGUUUUAACUGCAGAAAGAGACCAAAGCAAACUCCUCUAUGAGCAGGCUCAAGAAGAGCUCACUAGGCUGCGAAGGGAUGCAGUGAAGUCACCAAGAUCUCAGAAAAACAGUCUGACAGCACAAGAUAUUCUGCGACGUUUGGAGUGUGAACGUGAUGAAGCUGUUGCAGACUUGAGGAGAAUGACCACAGAACGAGACAGUCUCAGAGAACGAUUAAAGAUUUCCCAGGAGACUGCAAUUAAUGAGAGAGCACAUCUGGAGCAAAGAAUAGAAGACCUGAAGGCUUCCUUGCAUACAUUGGAAAAUGAAAGAUUGGAACAUCGAUCAAGACUGACUUGUCUAAAAGAUAGUGUAACCUCCCUGGAGGAAGAAGUCAAAAUAUUGGCUAGAAAGUCAUCUGACACUGAAGAUGAGCUGUGCAGACAGAGAGCAGAAAACAACCAGAUCAGAUUAUUAAUGGAUCAAGCAGAAGAUAGUCUUGCUGAAACCCAGAGACGCCUCUCAUUAAAAACUACUGAUCUACAACUUGCGCAGGAUAAAAAUGUUCGCCAGAGUGAAAAGAUUGAUGAUCUGAGUAGGCAGGUUGCUUCGCUUCAAGAAGAAGUUAGCUCAGUUCGAUCCAAUGUCUAUGAACUUGAUAAGCAAAAGAACAGUUUACAAGAGCUUGUCGAUGAAAAGACUGAAACAAUUGCUUCUCUGGAAGAAAGUCUUCACCAGAAAAAAAAGAACAUAGCAGAUAACCAACUGAACAUAAGCGAACUGGAAGCAACUGUUGAUCAAUUGAAUGAGUCUAUCAACAAUAAAGAAAAUGAGAUAUCCAAUCUUCAGCGGCAAUACGAUUCCAUCAAUUCCGAACUAACAGAAGUAGGCCAGUUACGAGAAACUGCUGUUCGUGAAAAUAAUCACCUGCAUGAACAGCUAUCAAAACUAAAAUAUGACAAUCAGGCAGCAAAUCGCAAAUUGGAGGAAUCUAUUCAAGAGAGUAAAGAUUUGAAGCUCAAAAUCCAGGAUUAUAUUACUGAGAUAUCCAAGGUGGAGAAUAUGCUUAGUGGAAAGGAAAAUGAAAAUUUUAAUCUCCUGGAGCAAGUUCGUAGAUCAAAUGCACAGACAGAGACCUGGGAACUGAAGGCCCGCCAAAUAGAAGGAGAGUUCAAUUCAGUUCAGCUGGAGCUUGUUACUGUUAAAUCUGAUAACCGCAGGAUGUGUGAAAAACUUGGCUCACUUGAAAAAGAAAUUGAGGAGCAAGAGGCUGCAAGAAAUGCCUACAAGGCCCAGGUUUGCUCACUUAAUAAGUUGAUAAUGAAGCUGGAAGAAGAACUUCGGCAGGUCCAGACUGAAAAGACCACAGCCCUUACUGACCUCACAUCCACUCAAGAACUUUGCCUGAAGCUGGACUCUAACAAAGAGAUGAUGAUGAGGCAGGUGGCCAACAAAAACAAGGAGAUGGAGCAGGUUCUAAGUGAACUUGAAUCAGCCCGUUCUGAAAUAGAGCUCUUAAGAAAUCAGCUGUCAAGUGAGAGAACUUCAAUAAAAAAUCUGGAAUCCUUGUUGGCAUCUAAUCGGGAGAAAAAGUUCCAAAGCCAAAUGGUCACUCAGGAGAAAGAGACUGAAAUUCAGCUCUUUAAAGAUAAACUUUCCUUGGCUGAAAGCAAACUGGCUUCUCAAUCCCGUGAAAUAUCUCAACUGAGGAGCAAGGCAGCUAUGCUUGAAACGGAAUUAGAUAUGGCAAAGAGACAGUUGGGUACUGAACGAUUUGAAAGGGAAUGUGCAGUUCAGGAACUUCGCCGACAUGGCCCCUCUUACCGUACUACAUCACCACCUCAACCUUCUCUCAGUCCAGGUUCACACUCACCUGAACGUUCCAGCCGUCGAUCUCCUGAUUGUUCCCUAAACAGAUCACUGAACAGGGCAUCAUCUUUGAAGGAGUUUUGACGUUAGUGAAGGUUUAUCUCCAUAAUCAUUUGGAAAGGAACCUUUGAAACAUACAGGAAGAACAUUCCCCAUUUCAGAACAAUUGAAUUCUGUAUUAUCAAUUUUGUUUGAACGUGUUAAUGAAGUACCCAUACUUUCACCUUAUAUGCCAGAGAAUUUUACUUUGUCUAUUGCAUUUGCUUUUCCUUCUUGGGAUUUAAACAAAGUGCAAAGAGAUGCAACUUUUAAAAAGGUUUUCAGUCAUUAUCACAUAAUCUAUAGACAUUUCACUGUCUUGCACUGUAGCUCAACUUUUUAAGUGAAUAUCAUUAACUGAACUUGAAUACAAGCAGUUAAAAGUUGCCAAUAAAUCCAUUGAACCAAGGAACUUCUUGUGCACUGUUUUCAAUUGUUACUGUUAUAAAAUAGAAACUUAACCUUUAUAAACUAGUUUCAGAAAGAUUGUAAUCAAUUGUACUGCUAACUUUGAAAUUUACCCGUAGACAUUAAUUAACUAAUCCUGUGUAUAAUCAAUCAUUUAAUGUGAUUUCAAAAGCAAAGUCUGUGGUAGAACUUUAUUGAUGCCAUUUUUUUCACUGUUUCCUUAUUAAGCAUAAAAACGUA